CGCCUUCCCGCCAAGCGCCCGCCCCCGCGCGCGGCAGCGGCCCGCUUCGCCUCACCUCACCGCCAUGGCGGCGGUGCGGGACGUGGAGAUCGAUCCCGAGGGCACGUUCAAAUACAUCCUGGUGCGCCUGCAGCGCCCGGGCGGCGAGGAGCGGCGCGAUAUCGUCCGCGGCACCAAGGCGGCCGAGUUCCACAAUCAUAUAUUUGAAAAAGUAAAUCCUGAGAUGGAAAAGCUGGGAUAUGAGUGCAAGUGCCUUGGAGGAGGGAAAAUUGAGCAUAAUAGCAAAGACAAGAAAAUAAGGGUAUUCGGGCUCUCUACUGGCUAUGGAAAAGCAGAUCAUUCGGUGACUGCAGAGAUACUGAAAAAAGUGUAUACAGAUUAUGAAAUUACAUGGUCAGAUGACAAGAAAUAAAUUGCCUACUUUCAAGCAAAACAGGCAUUUAAAAACUGGAAACUGUGAGCUGUACUUUGACAAAUAAAAUUGAAUGUGUAUUCUAUGUACGUUACCAUAAACCUGGAGAAACUGGA